ACUCUUCCCGACGGAGAUGAUCUGAUUCCCGUGCCGAAAUCCGCCCCCGCCUGCCCCCCUCACGACGUGCACCCCAUGUGACAGCGAGCGCGACGCAGACGGUACGCCCCCCCUGCCCCCCCCUGAGUUUGCGCACUCCCGACAUCUCCAUUGGCCAUGGGAGGAGCCGUGAGCGCCGGCGAGGACAACGACGACCUGAUCGACAACCUGAAGGAGGCCCAGUACAUCCGCACCGAGAAGGUGGAGCAGGCCUUCCGCGCCAUCGACCGCGGCGACUACUACCUGGAGGGCUACAGGGACAAUGCCUACAAGGACCUGGCCUGGAAGCACGGGAACAUCCACUUGUCGGCGCCGUGCAUUUACUCGGAGGUGAUGGAGGCGCUGAAGCUGCAGCAGGGACUGUCCUUCCUCAAUCUCGGCAGCGGGACAGGCUAUCUGAGCACCAUGGUGGGCCUAAUAAUAGGGCCAUUCGGAGUGAACCAUGGAGUCGAGCUCCACACAGAUGUGGUGGAGUACGCCAAGGAGAAACUGGACGACUUCAUCAAGAACAGUGAUAGCUUUGACAAGUUUGAGUUUUGCGAGCCCAGCUUUGUGGUGGGGAAUUGUUUAGAAAUCUCCUCAGACAGCCACCAGUAUGAUCGUAUUUACUGUGGAGCUGGAGUACAAAAGGACCAUGAAAAUUAUAUGAAAAUCCUGCUCAAAGUUGGAGGGAUUCUAGUGAUGCCCAUAGAGGAUCAGCUGACUCAGAUCACCAGGACAGGCCAGAGCACCUGGGAGAGCAAGAACAUCCUGGCUGUUUCGUUCGCGCCUCUCGUCCAGCAGAACCGGGCGGACGGGAGCAAGGCUGACGCCGUGAAGCUGCCCCCGAUCUCUGUAAGGAGCCUCCAGGACCUCUCCCGCAUCUACAUCCGGCGCACGCUGCGGAACCUGACCAACGAGGAGGCGCUGGCCCGGGGCACGCCGCAGAAGGUGCCGCAGAAGCGCAAGCGGAGGCGCUGCCGCCGCCGCCGCAUCAACACCUACGUCUUCGUGGGCAACCAGCUGAUCCCGCAGCCCGUGGAGAGCGAGGAGGACGAGCGCAUCGAGGACGAGAACAAGGAGGAGGAGGAGAAGGACAGCGGCGAGGCGCUGAAGCCCGAGGAGCCACAGCUCAACCUGCUGAGGGACAGGAUCAUGGCCCUGCCUUUGCCCGAGUCGCUCAAAGCAUAUUUGUUGUACUACCGAGAAAAAUAGCUGGCCCACGAACCUCCGGCGUUCGCUCUGAAAGGCUGUAGCACCUGCUGAGUUUUUUUUUUUUUCCUUCUUCCCGUAAUUUCUCUUUUUUCCUUGAAGAUGUAGCAUUAUUUUUGAUUUAUCUUGAAGGUGAACGUGCUAUGAGAGACUGCCUGACUGAGUAUUACUGGCGGGACUGCUGUGGGUGGUCACGUUUUGAAAACUAGCUUCUGUCCUUAGCGAUGAAUGUGACAGGAGAAAGCGAUCUAAAAUGUCUGAACGGAAAACGGGACUAUUCCAAAUCUGAGGAUCUUGUGGAUGUAGGGUUUUUUUUCCCUCUUCUCCUCAUGCUCAUAAUACGGAAAAGUUGUUCACAAUGACAAAUGUAUCGAAAUCUAAUGAUUAAAAACGUCAAGCAAAUAUAACAAA